UUUAUUUCUUUUUCUUUUUCUUUUUUUCUUUAAAUAAUCAAACAAUAAUUAACAUUAUGUUCAUCAAUGUCAAUACUAUUACAAAACUUUCCUCCUAACGUGUUAUAGCCAUUCCUUAUUCUCUAUAUGGUGGGGAUGCGCGAUUUAUCUACUUGCGCUUGUUUCAAAGCUUCAAUUGGCGCGCACACAGCACGCGUAGCUCCAAAGUUUAUAUUUUAACGUAGACUCGUUUUAAGUAAAAUUCUAUCGUAACGCCAAAUUAUUUAACAUCAUUUUCAUCGUAUUAUUUAAUCAUGAAUACUUCAUCGUCAUUGUUCGCAUUAUUAUUGACCGUUAUCAAAUUACGCUUAACUUUGGAAUCUCCUAUUACGAGUGACCAUGUGCACAAAACGAACGAUGCAUUACAUAAUUACGAAUCUAACGAAGAUACUUUGCGUCUAGUUUCAGUGAUCAUGCGUCAUGGAGAACGAGCACCUCAAGAUACUUAUCCAAAUGAUCCUUACGUUUCGGAUACGAUGAAACCUUAUGGUUGGGGUCAAUUAACUAACGUAGGUCGAGUCAAUCAGUACAAUCAAGGAAUCUACUUAAGGCAACGUUACAAUCAAUUUCUCGGUCAAACAUAUAAUCCUGAUAUAUUUUAUUUGCAAUGUACGUCAGUAGAUCGUACGAAAAUGUCGGCUAUGUUAGAAGCAGCUGGAUUGUGGAAACCGACUGAGGAACAAUCGUUCAAAUCUGAUUUUCCUUGGCAACCUGUUACCUUGUUUUAUCAACGUCGUUCUGAAGAUACGCUUAUGUUAAUUUGGGAUACGUGCCCGAAGUACGGUCAAACGCGUAAUAUGAUUUUACGAUUACCCGAAGUACAAGAAGUCCAGAAUAAAAAUGAACAACUUUACGAAGAAUUAAGUAAUUUAACAGGCAUGACUAUUGCAACACCCGAUGAUGUUAGCUCGUUGUACAGCACAUUAAAAGCAGAGGAAACAAUGAAUCUGACUUUACCUUAUUGGACUAAAAAAUAUUAUCCCGAUAAAUUAAUACCAUUAACAAUGUACGAUUUUCAACUUAACACUUACAACGAUAUGCUUAAAAGACUUAAAGGUGGGCCUAUGAUUAAAAAAAUCAUUUACGACAUGUUGGCGAAAAAAGAAAGAACUUUACAUCCUGAAACGAGAAAAAUGUUCAUGUACGUUGGACACGACAGUACUGUUGUAACUUUACUCGACGUAUUACAUAUUUGGAAUAAUCAAAUGCCAGAAUAUAAUAUUAUGAUUAUGAUUGAACUUCACGAGGAUACCAAUGGUUGGAAUGUUCAGAUAUUCUUAAGAAAUACGACCAAUUACGAACCAUAUCCGAUGACUAUACCCGGAUGUGCUACGAUUUGUCCUAUAAACGAAUUUAUACAAAUAUUAAAACCUAUGAUACCUGACAAUUGGGAAGAGGAAUGUAAAACAGACGGAGAUUAUACUUUACCGCCAGCACCGGCGCCUUAAAUUAAUUACUAUUAAUAGUUCUAAGACUUUAUUAAAACAAUAGCGUGACUAUAGAAAAGAAUUCGUUAUAUAUAUAUAUAGAAGAAUAUUUUAAGUCAAGAAAUACUUUAGUAUUAUUUAUAAAUAUACAAAUAUAUUUUACACGGACAUAUCAACUAGACAAAUGAUGAAUAUCAUUUGUUUCUAAUAUACAGGCUGUGAUUACAAAUGGAUUAAAUUUGAUGAAGACAUUUUUGAAUAAGAUCUUUUUGACUUAACUUGAUAUAAGUUAUCUAGAAUACAAUUCAAAGAGAUAAUGAUUUUAAAUGAUUUUCAUUAACUUAUAAACCUUUUCUCUCAUAUCUUCUUUUUCAGUCUUCCUUAGUUUUUAAAAGCCAAUUACUAAAGUAAAUUAACAUACUUACAUUGCAUGUAGUUUAACAUUUUCUGAUACGUUCUGGAAACAUUUAUUUUCAUUCCUUUUCAAAAUCUUGAUACUGAAGCUUGCCUUGAAUCAUCCCAUACAAAAAAUUGUACACGUUGUCUUUCUCCAAAUGCAUUGUUGUAAUAAAUUGAUAGAUCUUCUUGCAUGUUCCAGUCAAAUGUAAAUUUUCUAACUGGUCAGUCUUCUAGCUUGAUGUUUUAUUUGUAUUAAACCAAAACAAUGUUUUUCAACA